AUGGAAACUCAUUACCCUGCAGAACUUGAUGGCUUGUAUAGAGAAAUGCCAGGCAACUUGAUUGAAAAUUUUUGGGAGGUCAUUUCCGACGAACAUGGCAUUCAACCUGAUGGAACUUACAAGGGAGAGAGUGAUCUUCAGCUAGAGAGAAUCAAUGUCUACUACAAUGAAGCUAACGGAGGAAAGUACGUACCUCGUGCGGUUCUUGUCGAUCUCGAACCAGGAACGAUGGACUCAGUCCGUUCCGGAACAUUUGGAGCACUAUUUCGUCCAGAUAACUUCGUAUUCGGACAAUCUGGAGCUGGAAACAAUUGGGCGAAAGGGCACUACACCGAAGGAGCAGAGCUUGUUGAUAGUGUUUUGGAUGUAGUUCGCAAGGAGGCUGAGGGUUGCGAUUGUCUUCAGGGAUUUCAACUUACACACUCCCUUGGAGGUGGUACCGGAUCGGGCAUGGGUACUCUUUUGAUUGCUAAAAUCCGAGAAGAGUAUCCAGACCGAAUCAUGGCAUCGUUCUCGGUUGUUCCAUCGCCUAAGGUUUCUGAUACUGUAGUUGAACCUUACAACGCUACACUAUCUGUCCAUCAGCUU